AUGUCUGUCAACUCCAAUUUAAAAGUUCAUUCUUGGAAUGUAGGUGGAGCGGGUAACAGAACAUUCAUUUGUGCUCUGAAGGUUAUCAACCAGACUCACCGCCCCAAUUUUGUCAUUCUUUUGGAGCCUCAAAUCAGCGGGACGGAGGUGAAUUCUGUUUGUGACAAGCUAGCUUAUCCAAACUCCAUCCGUGUUGAAGCUAAUGGAAGAAGUGGAGGAAUUUGGGUAUUUUGGGAUGCCCGAAUCUUCUCGACUCAGCUCAUAUUUGCCUGCGAUCAACAUAUAUCCCUGCAAGUUGAGGAGGCGAACAAGCAGCCAUGGAUCUUAACUGCUAUCUAUGCCUCCCCUCGGCCAAGUGAGAAACAUACUCUUUGGGAUAACCUCUUUCUUCUGAGCAGAUGGAUUGAUAUUCCGUGGCUCCUUAGCAGCGAUUUUAAUGCUAUCCGCAGCUUAGAGGAGAAGUCCGGGCCUUCGACGGUAGCCACUGCUAGGAAAUGUCGCUCUUUCAAUGAUAGAAUCAACAAAGCAGAGCUGAUCGACUUGGGGGUUUCUGGUCCGAAAUUCACUUGGACUAGGGGAGAUCAGCUACAAACUUUUAAGGACAGCAGGUUGGAUAGAAGCCUCUGCAAUUUACAUUGGAAUGAGGCCUUUCCAAGCACUUCGGUUCUGGACCUCCCUAGACUGCACUCAGACCACCUUCCUCUCCUGACUUCCAUCUCUCCCCACGGCGGAAACUACGGCAGCAGCCGUCCUUUUAGGUUUGAGGCAGCGUGGUUAACAGAUACCAAUCUAAAAGAUCUGGUGUCGGCAGCUUGGGACUCCGGUAUUCCGUUCCACGACUCGAUUGCAAGCCUUGCUGUUAAGUUACUGGAUUGGAAUGCUAACGUCUUUGGGAGUAUCCAGAAGAAGAAGAAUCAGUUGCUAGCUCGGAUUAGAGGGGUCGACUCCAGGAUGAUGGGCAUUUUUACUCCUUGGCUAGCCAAGCUUCGAUUAAAGCUUGAAACGGAACUGGACAAGAUUCUUGAGCAGGAGGAGGUUCUUUGGUUCCAGCGUUCUAGAGAGAAGUGGGUGCAGUUUGGUGAACCCAAUACGACCUACUUUCACCAGUUAGUCAACAUUAGAAGACGCCAGAACAAGAUCGGAGCCCUUCAGGAUGCCAAUGAUAACUGGGUGACAGAUCCUCAAGCCCUGGCCUCUCUUGUCUUUGAGUUUAUUGCUAACCUUUUCUUGCAAGAGAAUAUUCCCUAUGAAGAUAGACUUCCCAACCAGGCCUUCCCGCGGCUGAACUAA